AUGGCUAAUGAUAUGAGUUCAUCCGACAAUCAGUUGGUGCUGUCGCCCUUCUUUGAGAAGUUGAACGACCUCCAACUUAGUAGGCGAGCACUCCCGACCUUGCCCGAAGAAGGAACCAUCGCUCAAGCUCGGAAAACUCUCCCAAAAUUUCUGGAAGCUGAGGGUCAUGAUGGCUGGGAUGAACAUCUCACUUCUGAUAUAGCCCCAGCACUAAAUGCUGCCAGCUUAUCACCAAAUUACUAUGGUUUUGUCACUGGUGGAUGUACGAUUCCCGCUCUAUUCGGGGACAUGCUAGCAAGCGUUUACGAUCAGAACGUCCAAGUCCAUCUCCCAAACCAGACAAUUGCAACAGAUGUGGAGGCUUGUGCUUUGAAUAUGCUGCUCGACCUCUUCCGUCUUGACCGCGAUGUUUGGGGACAAAGCUCUACUUUCACAACUGGAGCAACAGCAAGCAAUGUCCUAGGACUAGCGAUGGGUCGGGAAUGGGUAUUGGGACGCAAGGCGGAGAAGCGAGGAAAGGAUCUGCUUAGCGUGGCAGAACAUGGCAUACAUGAGGUGAUGGCAGAUAUAGGACUCAGAAAAUUUCAGAUCGUCUCCACCUGGCCGCACUCAAGUAUAGCGAAAGCCGCCUCUGUUAUUGGAAUGGGAAGAGCAAAUCUGAGAUCAGUACAAGGUACCAUGGAACCGGGGGGGUUCACUAUGAGAAUUGACUUCAAUCGUUUUGAGGCAGAGGCACAAGCAGAUAAUGUAGCGACUAUCCUGGUCAUCUCUGCAGGUGAAGUAAACACGGGACGAUUUGCCACCUACGGACUGGAAGACAUGAAGAGGCUUCGCGCUAUCUGUGAUCGAUAUGGUAUCUGGAUACAUGUCGAUGGCGCAUUUGGACUUUUCGGCCGCCUGCUUUCAGACGAAGCGGAAUUCGGCGAGAUCAUUCGUGGCUGUCAAGGACUCGAACUUGCCGAUUCGAUCACGGGGGAUGGUCACAAGCUGCUGAAUGUUCCAUAUGACUGUGGUUUCUACUUUUGUCGCCAUAAGGGUAUUGCGGAGGAAGUAUUCAGGAACGGCAACGCAGCAUACCUUACCUCAGCGGCAUCUGAGGAUACUAUACCUAGCCCUUUGAAUAUUGGCAUUGAGAACUCACGGCGUUUCAGAGCAUUACCGGUCUAUGCUACCCUACUGGCGUAUGGACGCGGAGGAUAUCUCGACAUGUUGCAAAGACAGAUCAGGCUGGCUAGAAAGGUGGUGGCUGACCUAUGGGAUAGUGAAGUCUACCAUGUUCUGUCAGAUGCGACUUCGAAGACAGAAGCUUUGGAGAGGACUUUCAUGGUGGUGCUCUUCAGUGCAAAGGAUGACAAUCUCAAUGCUGAUCUGGUCCGAGGAAUCAAUGCGACCAGGAAGAUUUACGUCUCUGGAACAUCGUGGCAAGGAAGAUCUGCAGCAAGAAUCGCAAUCGCGAAUUGGAACGUUGAUGUGGAUAAGGACCACAAGAUCAUCCAGAGUGUUCUGAACGAAGUCGCCGAGAGAUGA